AUGGACAGAGUGUAUUUGGAUGACAGUGGAGAACUGGCAGCCGACUUGGACAUUGUGAACUGGGUGGUGUUUCCCAAUAACUCUGUCCUUAAGGUGAAGUUUGGGAAUCUGUACAGAGAGGGAUCCCCAGACCUACACUUCACCAUCAACCAGGAUGCCAUUGUGUGGCCUAAAUGGCUCAACCAGACCCUGCCUUCUUCCAGGUGUGUGGAAAGCUGCCGCCCUGGAUUUGUCAAGGUGGUUCAGGAAGGAAAUCCACUUUGCUGCUAUGACUGCGUUCCCUGUGGGGAAGGGACCAUCUCCACUCAGGAAGAUGCAGAGUGGUGCACCAAAUGUCCAGUAGAUCAGCAUCCAAACAAGGACAAAGAUCAGUGUAUCCCCAAGACUAUCACCUUCCUGGCCUAUGAAGAUUCUUUGGGGAUCCUCCUGGCUUGUCUCAUCCUGUUUUUGUCCUUGACCACAGGCUUUGUUUUAGGUACUUUCAUUGCAUUCCAAGAAACUCCGAUAGUCAAAGCCAACAACCGGGACCUCUCCUACAUCCUCCUCGUCUCCCUCCUGCUUUCCUUUCUGUCCUCCUUCCUCUUCAUCGGCCAGCCAAGAAAAGUGACCUGUUUUCUCCGACAAACAGCCUUCAGCAUCAUCUUCUCAGUUGCUGUCUCUUCUGUGUUGGCAAAAACCAUCACUGUAGUACUGGCCUUCCUAGCCACAAAGCCAGGGAACAGAGCGAGGAGAUGGCUGGGGAAGUGUCUGGCCAACUCCAUUGUUAUUUCCUGUUCCAGUGCCCAAGUUAUCAUAUGCACCAUCUGGUUGAGUAUCUCUCCCCCAUUUCCAGAGUCUGACAUGCACUCCCAGCCUGGAGAGAUCAUCCUGCAAUGCAAUGAAGGGUCUGUCACCAUGUUUUAUGUUGCUCUUGGCUACAUGGGCUUCCUGGCUGCCAUCUGCUUCAUGGUGGCUUUCCUGGCCAGGAAGCUGCCUGGGGCCUUCAAUGAAGGCAAGCUGAUCACUUUCAGCAUGCUGGUCUUCUGCAGUGUUUGGGUCUCCUUUGUGCCCACCUACCUGAGCACGAAGGGGAAAUACAUGGUAGCCGUGCAGGUCUUCUCCAUCUUGGCCUCCAGUGCUGGGCUUCUGGGCUGCAUCUUCAUUUCCAAGUGCUACAUUAUUUUCCUGAGGCCUGAUCUGAAUACAAAGACACAUUUAACAACAAAAGAUAUCAACCAGAAUCCCAGGCUCUUACCCAACAUCACCCUGGGCUACAGCAUCCAUGAGAACUUUUUUCAAGAAAGGUUGACGUAUGAGGUUUUGUUAGACCUGUUGUCUACUGGGGAGGCGAAUGUUCCAAACUACAACUGUGGAAGAUGGAAUAAUUUACUGGCUGUUCUUGAAGGGGCUGACUCUCAAAACUCCAUCCAGAUGUCAAGCUUGUUGGGCAUCUAUAAAGUCCCACAGGUGGAUGACCAGCACCCGGGGCACUGCCCAGUCCACAACCGACCGGAACAAGUGAGGGUGGGCGGCUGGCAGUACGGCCUUAAAUGGCUGUCUGCCGCCCCGCCACCUAGCUGCGUGCUACGUCAGUGCACCAGCAUGCUGCGUGCAUGCCCCCUCACCAAGAUGGCGGCUCGGCUACGGCCGCAAAACACGUCCCUUCUCCCGCUCCACCCUUUCUUGAGAAGCCCCCAGUUUUACAAUUCCUCCAUGGACAGAGUGUAUUUGGAUGACAGUGGAGAACUGGCAGCCGACUUGGACAUUGUGAACUGGGUGGUGUUUCCCAAUAACUCUGUCCUUAAGGUGAAGUUUGGGAAUCUGUACAGAGAGGGAUCCCCAGACCUACACUUCACCAUCAACCAGGAUGCCAUUGUGUGGCCUAAAUGGCUCAACCAGCAAUUCUUCCCGACCUCAAACAGAGAGCUCUGCUACCCAGUUGUGCAUCAAAGGCAUUACAUAGCAGUGGACUCCUGCCACAGUGUCUGUAUUCCUUAG